GGGAGGACCAGCUUCCUGUAUUUUGACCAAAAAAAAUGACGAGACAUCUUCCUGGAGCUGCUGCAGCAGGGGUGGAUUCCAGUCUCCUGCAUUGCACAAUCUUUCUCUGCUUGGACUGAUAAAUAAGACAAAAGACGGAGGAGACGCUGAAGAGGAGAGGACGGACAGGAGAAGAGUGGGGAGAGGGGGAGUGUGGAGGGUAAUAGAUUUUUAAAAAGAGAGGAGGACUGAGGAGAGAGGCACAGGAACAGAGCAGAGGUACACUGCAGUAGUAUGAGAGCGAAGAAGCAUUCGAGCUGCCAGCCUUUCGCACGCCACUCAGGAUCCGUCGCUUUCUGAAAGGGGGGCACCGAGAGGAAGCCACCGUGGAGGCGAGAAGGAGAAGGAGGAGGGGGGCUGAGGAGGAGGAAGCCAGAGGUUCAACACACAAGAUGGCUGCUGUGUCCUCUGCCUCUGACACUGGGGACCCCAGGGGCCGCCACCCCCCUGAGCGCAGACUGCUGAUCCUCGGGGGGCCCCAUUCUGGAAAGACCUCCACCGCCAACAGCAUCCUCGGAGAUGAGGUCUUCGACGUCGGGGCCGAGACGACACACAGCAAUGUGGGCCAGACGGAGAUCUACGGCCGACGGGUCACUGUGGUGGACACCCCGCCGUGGGCCAUCCCCAGUGACCCGGAGGACAACCCUGAAGCUGACAGCAGCGACAACGCCGCAGCAGAGUCGGACAACCCGCAGCGGCCGGCGCCGAGCCUGGACAGCGAGGGGCCGUGCAUGGGGGCCAUUCUCUGCCCUCCUGGGCCCCACGCCAUCCUGCUGGUGGUGUCGGUAACGCAGCCGUUCACCGACACAGAGAGGAGGGCAGCGGAGGAGCAGCUGGGGGCACUGGGUGGAGGCACCUGGAGGUACUCCAUGGUGGUGUUUACUGGGGUGGACAAGCUGCCCAAAGGGGUCUUCAUUGAGGAGCACAUAGCGAACACUGGAGAGGCCCUGCAGUGGCUGGUGGAGAGAUGUGGAAGCAGGUACCACGCCUUUGAUAACACUCGGAAAGACACAGAAGACAACACACAGGUCCCCGAGCUGAUGGAGAAAGUAGAGGAAAUGAUCACUGACAACCAAGGCUGGUACUUUGAGGUGAACGAGUUGAUCUUACUGGAGGAGGAGCAGGCCAGGAGAGCUCUGGAGGAGGAGAGGAUGAGGAUGGAGGAGCACGCCAGACAGAGGGAGCAGAUGAUCGGAGGACCUCCCAGAGAGUUGAGACUGCUCCUGUUAGGCUGGAAGGGUGUUGGAAAGAGCUCGGUGGGGAACUCCAUCCUGGGUCGUCGGUACUUUGAGUCGGGCCAGGAGACGGAGUUGUGCCUCAGGAGGCAGGCGCUCGUAUCCGGCCGUCGCAUCACAAUCGUCGACACCCCGGGCUGGGAUUGGUUCUCGGUGAGGCGGACCCCGAAGCGCAUCCGCCAGGAGUCCCAACGUGGAGCUGCCCUCCUACGACCUGGACCCCACACCCUGCUGCUGGUCCUCCCCGUUGUCUCGUCCCUCACCGCCAGGAAGAGGCGGACACUCCUGGCCCACAUAGAGACUCUGUUUGGGGACAGUGCGUGCCUCCACACCAUGGUGCUGUUCAGCUGUGGUGACUGGCUGGGCCGCACGCCCAUCGAGGAGCACAUCCUCAGAGGAGGGAGGGAGCUGCAAAGACUACUGGAAUACUGUGGGAACUAUUACCACGUCCUGGACAGUAAGACUCCUGGGAAGGACCGGAGUGUAUCAGUCCUACUGGACAAGAUAGAGGAGAUGAUCAGAGAGAACGGGGACAAGGCCUUCCUCCCUAUACAGACCGAGUGGUUGAGCGAGGAGAGCUCUUACUCCUCCGACAACACCGAGCCUGAGGAUGACUGUCGAGGAUGCCAACUACAGUGACACCAACGCACUAAAAGGGAAAUUGGUUCAGCUUUUUAUCCUGGGUCUUCAACAGGCCCAAACACCACCUCACGUAACCUAAACCUCAUCUUGAUAUCCCAGCUCCAACUCCAACGAGUUUUAGGGAAUGGGAAGUCUCGUCAUGAAUAGCUCUUUGUUUGAAAGACCGAACUGACGGCUGAGCAAAAAUCUCAACCCGGACUGAAAGUGCAAAAACUCUCCUUGGACAAAAAAGAGGAGAAAAAACAUUCUGCUUUUGCUUCAAAGGACCAGAGCUGGAUCCCUGUUUGUGAGCAUGUACACAGAUAUCAACUGCUGCUAAAGAGACCCUGUUUCAACACUGCAGAGUAAAGAAUUACUCAUUAUUGUGACUCUAAGUUCAGACCGCACUGAUACAGGUGGAAAAACCAAAAGAAGAUGAUAUUUAGUUACAUUUGAUGGUAAGACUCACGUAUGCAGUAAAUUUGGAAGACUGAGGGUUCAUGUCUGACUUGUAUCAUGAAUUCGGACUGGAUUUUACAAUAUAAUCACCCCCUUCUACAUCAAGUGCCAUUUCUGCCAUUCACCUCGAAUUUUAAUCAAAAAGGGUUCAAAGAGAGCGGUUGAACACAAAAUGUGAAAAAAGAUAAUAAUGUGCACUGCAAUGUGUGCACGUAAAUGAAAAAAAAAGGAUUUUGUGCACCACUCAUUCGGACAUGAGUGAUAUACAAAUUCACGUCAUAAACAUUUGAUUAGCUUCAGCUCAGGGAGUCAGGGUCGAAUUGCUUCUUCCGGGGCAAAAUCUGGUACAUUUACCGAAACGCUGAUUAAUGCUGAUUGCUAAACUGCAGAGUCGCAUGUUAAUUCAGAGUGGAGGUGUUAUUUUCUCUGCGAGGAUUUGCUUUAGUUUGCUGGAAGAGUUUUGCACUGAUGGGUUCCUUUGGUUCUCGUGUGCUGAGAAACUAAACUGACUCCAGGAGUAAACACAGUCCUUCUGAGCCCACCUCUGCUGUAGCAUUCAUGCAGAACCGUUACAGGAAAAAGAAACCGUACUGAAAGCGUGUGCAAUCUCAGAUCCCCGCGGAGCAGCUCGGGCUGGCUCGCUGUUUUCAUGCAUCCGGUGCAUUUAUUUAUCGACAAGGUAGAUUCAGCUACGUGCCUCAGCAUCAAAGCGUGAGAGUGGGAGUACUGUGCAGCCCUGCGGCAGGGCAGUAUCCUAUAGGCUACAUCAAGCUUUCGCAUGCUACAGAAACAACAUAACCUCAUGAACCAUCGGAGCUCGCUCACAUAGGGCUUUUACUACUUUUCUACAUCAGUGAGACAUCUGUAUCAGCGGUGAAGUUUUAAAAAAAAUUCAAUAUGAAUAUAUAAUCAGCUCUCAGAGGCAUGUUAAGACGACGCAUGCAGAUAAAACGAGUGCCUAUAGAGCUGAAGGCAACCUCACUUCUCUCUCCUCUGACUCUUGCUUGAGCAGGUCUAUGUGAACUUCUGGUAAAGACAUCACAUCUACCUUUUACGACUGCAAAAAAAAAAAAACCUCACACUCUGAAAGGUACAAAUAAAAGCAUAUAUAAUAUAUGACCGACACCACUGCCAUGCUGUAAAAUGUUAUUUUCUACAAAUGAUGUAGCCUAUAAAAGAAACCCUGACACUGCGUCCCCUCUGCUUUCCCGACUCUGUGCUUCAUCUAGUGAUGUAGGCUAACCGCAGCACUUUGUGUGACGAGCAUGACUUUACAAUUUGAUAUGAGGAUGUUUCAUUUGGAGUCUUAGAGUCCCACCUCACCUGUGAAUAUAUUGUAUAAGUCGUGCAUAUUUACAGUGUAUUUACAUUGUACGCUUGUAGCGGCGCAUUUUGCACUGUGUAAGUUCUACCACUCGACUGUGGCCAAAGUGAUGUUACUUCCUGUGUGGUCCUUCCUAAAAUGGUGAUUGCGUCAUCAGUACUUUGCUCAUCCUCAGACAAUAAUAAAAGAUAUGGAUAUAU